UUGUCCACGCACUGUAAUUUAACUGAAAUUCUCUAUUGAUCCCUGAUACCGUCCUGGUAUACUGAUAAUUGGCGAUGUAUGUUUUGAAUUAGGGAAAAAGGUGAUCUACAGACUUUCUGGCCUUUUAAGACUUUGAUAAAUUGUUUUUGGAUUAAGUAUAUUCAAGUAUCCAUAGUCAACACACCAACAUCUUUCCAUCAAAGACAUAGAUAACGUUGAAUACAGAAAAGUUGAAAUAACGGCAUGCUUUAACAGUGAUUGAAUUGUAUUCUGCAUAAACAGUCAACACGAUGAAUCAGUCAACAGUUUUCGGCAACUUUACAUAUCCAUUUCUUGAUGGAAAUGGAAACGCAACUGAUAGUAUUAUGAAAGAACCUUGGAAUUACAGGAGUGAAUCUGAAUGUCUGACAGGACUUGCAGAUAACUUAUAUGGCAAAGAUGAUGGUAAAAUGUAUUGUAACGGCACCUGGGAUAAAGUGUUGUGUUGGCCUUCAGUGGCAGCUGAAACUACCGUGUUCCUACCAUGCCCGCCACUUCCAGGCUUGGACCCAACCAAAGAGGCAUUCCGGAAAUGUGGCCCGGGAGGUCGAUGGGAAAAUAAAAACCCUGGAGAUUACAGUUUGCCAAAGGGUUACACUAAUUAUACAGUGUGUUAUACACCAGAGGCCUAUGAAGUAUACCUGAAAUUUAUGGCAGGCAAAACAGCUGCAGAAAGACAGAGUAUGAAACAUAUUGCAGCAGGAACAAGGACAAUGGAAAUAGUUGGACUUUCUAUAUCUUUGGUUGUGUCACUCAUAUCAGUGUUCAUAUUCACGUAUUUUAGGAGUUUAAGAUGUCAUCGAACACGAAUUCAUCGAAACUUAUUCGUUUCAAUAAUUGCUCAAACUAUAAUUCGACUUGUUUUGUACUUGGACCAGUAUGCUGCCCGGUUAAAGGGAGGGGAAGUUGGCGGAGCGGCAGGUUCUAACAGUCAGACUAUAUUUGAUACCCCUGUAUUCUGCGAAGCUUUAUAUGCAUUAUUAGAAUAUACAAAGACAGUGCAAUUCAUGUGGAUGCUGAUAGAAGGAUUAUUUUUACACAAUAUGAUAGCAGUAUCCGUAUUUUCUGGAAAACCUAACUACCUUAUAUUUUAUCUUCUUGGCUGGGGUUCCCCUAUUCCUGUGACAGUUGCAUGGGUCAUUACAAUGGUGCAUAAACACCAAGUAAAAUGCUGGUUUUCAUACACGUUCACGCCAUUUUAUUGGAUCAUAGAAACUCCGAGAGUUGCAGUCAUCGCUGUAAAUUUAAUGUUUUUGUUGAACAUUAUCAGAGUUUUAAUUACAAAGUUGCAAAAGAGUCAAACAAAUGAACCACAUGUCACCAAAGUACGGAAAGCAGUUAAAGCAGCAAUCAUCCUUCUACCGUUAUUAGGCAUAACAAACUUUGUUGUAAUGACAGAUCCACCGUCUGGAGUCACUGCGUUUGGUAUCUGGUCAUUUACUACAUAUUUCCUUGUUUCAUUCCAAGGCUUCUUUAUUUCAUUACUUUACUGUUUCCUGAAUGGAGAGGUACAAAUGACUCUACGCAAACACUGGGGACAAUUUCUCCAAAAUAGAAUGGUCCAUUCAACAAGUUUUAGGCGUGGUAGCCGAUCGUUUUCCAUAUUUACAUCUAUAACAGAAGUUCCCAAUGUUAACCAGCGGAGACCGUCGGCGAUUCCACCACCAACUGGUAAUGCUGUUCCAUUAUUGAGAGAGAUCGUAGCUCGAAGUGAUUCUCGUCUGUGAUAAACAUUUCUCUCUAUUGAUUAUGUAAAAAUUGUAUAUUUGUAUAGUAAAACGAACAAUGUUUUUUUUCUUCUUUUAUUGAGAUAUUGUCAUAAAUAUUGUAAAGUACGAUUAAAACAUCAGAACUAUUA